UACCUCUAUCAGGUUAAUUUUGGUAAGUGAGUAGAGUUUUGGCCUUUCGGGUUAGAAGCUCAUCCAUCUUUGUGUUUUCUGUUACCCCCGCCCCGCCCCCCCUUUUUUUUCUUCCAUUUUCUAAUUAUCAAAUGGAUUUUCUGUAAUUCAGAUCAUCCAUCUGUCCUUAAUCAUUGAUUUUUAGCUUAAAUUAUAUUUGUUGGAGUGCAAUUAUUGGAUCCCUAUCUGCAUCCACACAAGCUUGUCCGCAAAAAGAAAAACAUUUGCUGACAGAUUAAUUCGUAAAGAACGUUUGAUAUAAUCCAAUUCUUGGGUUUUAUGUUUCUCCUGCUCUGAUUUUUCUCCACGGAACACAUUUGCUUCCCAGUUUCAUUUGGUUGGCUUUUCGUCUUUGUUCUAGACUUCUGGUAAUGUCCUGCUGUUCAGAAGUUGAUGUUUGAGUGGCCAACAUAAGAUCUAUUGUUUUCCAGCCGAUAAGUCCAUCAAGCUGAGCUUUGUUUAGGAAAACUGGUCGCCUAGUAAAAUUAUUUCUAGAAACUGGAAUCUGCUAGAAGUUUCUUUUGUCCAGGUUAUGGCUUCUUUGUCCAUGCAGGGUAAUGAAGAAAGCCCCUUUUUAUUGUAUUGAAACCGAUGCCUGUCAAGUGCUUGUUGUGAGUUUUUCCAUAUUGGCAGAGUUUUUUAGUUGUGUAGAAGAUUUGUGUCCAAAUAGCUGCUCCAUGUUACACAAACCAUGUUAUUUUUUGUAGUUUCUGAUUUGAAAAUAACACAAACCAUGUAAUCUGCUCAGGACACAGAACUGUUGUCCGGCCGAGAUUAGAAUUCGUGAAGGGCUUCCAUUCAAGAAUGAAUCCUCCCAAGAUCAAGCGUAGAGUGGGUAAAUAUGAUGUUGGAAGAACUAUUGGUGAGGGAACAUUUGCGAAAGUCAAGUUUGCAAGGAAUUCUGAGACUGGGGAGCCUGUAGCCCUCAAGAUUCUUGAUAAAGAUAAGGUCCUUAAGCACAAGAUGGCGGAACAGAUAAGACGUGAAGUGGCAACGAUGAAGCUUAUAAAGCACCCACAUGUUGUUCGUUUAUAUGAGGUUAUGGGAAGCAAGACUAAAAUAUAUAUUGUUUUGGAAUUUGUCACUGGCGGAGAGCUUUUCGACAAGAUUGUAAAUCAUGGACGUAUGAAAGAAGAUGAAGCAAGAAAAUAUUUCCAACAGCUUAUUAAUGCUGUUGACUAUUGUCAUAGCCGAGGAGUUUAUCACAGGGAUCUAAAGCCGGAAAAUCUGCUUUUGGAUGCUUCCGGGAACUUGAAAGUUUCUGAUUUUGGGUUAAGUGCACUAUCUCAGCAAGUCAGGGAUGAUGGUUUGCUUCAUACUGCAUGUGGAACUCCAAACUAUGUAGCACCUGAGGUGCUGAAUGAUCGAGGCUACGAUGGGGCAACAGCUGACUUGUGGUCAUGUGGUGUCAUACUGUUUGUAUUGCUUGCAGGAUAUUUGCCUUUUGAUGAUUCUAAUGUUGUGCACCUCUACAGAAAAAUUUCUUCUGCAGAAUUUACUUUUCCUCCGUGGCUAUCAUUUGGUGCAAGAAAGCUUAUUACUCGAAUCCUGGAUCCAAACCCGAUGACGCGCAUUACAGUCUUGGAAAUUCUUGAAGAUGAAUGGUUUAAGAAAGACUAUAAACCACCCGUGUUUGAUGAGAAAGAAGAUAUAAACUUGGAUGAUGUUGAAGCCGUUUUUAAAGAUUCUGAAGAGCAUCAUGUUACUGAGAAAACUGAAGAGCAACCGGUUGCCAUGAAUGCAUUUGAGCUGAUAUCAAUGUCCAAAGGAUUGAAUUUGGGGAAUCUAUUUGAUCAGGAAAUCAAGAGGGAGACAAGAUUUACAUCAAAAUGUCCAGCUAAUGAGAUAAUCAGCAAAAUUGAAGAAGCGGCCAAGCCCCUUGGCUUUGAUGUUCAAAAAAAGAACUACAAGAUGAGACUUGAAAAUAUUAAAGCAGGAAGAAAAGGGAAUCUCAAUGUUGCCACGCAGGUAUUCCAAGUUGCACCUUCUCUUCACAUGGUUGAGGUCCGCAAGGCAAAAGGGGACACUUUGGAAUUUCACAAGUUCUACAAGAAUCUUUCGACCUGCUUGGAGGAUGUUGUUUGGAAAACAGAGGAUGAUAUGCAAGGAACAAAAACGUCUUAGCUGUAUGAAGAUAUCUAGUGAUUAUUUUUUUCUUUCAAAUUCCUUGGUCAAUUUUUGCAAUUGCCUUGGUCUCAUUCUUUGGUUUGUUGUUUUCUUUUAUGGGAUCCUUUUUUUUCUUAUCUCCCAUGAGAGAAUUUACUUUGGAAGGCUUCUCAGUUGAUUGUGCCCAUCCAUUUUGUGAAUUUAGGAGACUGGUUUCAUUAGAUCACUUCUAAGACUCAUAAUUCUAUUUACUAAUCUUGAAUUGGUGUAUUUGGCUUCUGUCAAAUAAGUAAAUAGAUAGAAUCACUUCUAUUUUUUCUAACUGCUAUCUAGUUCACAAUUCUCUUCUAGCAUUUUCAUUUUCUUGGUUCAUCAGGGUCUGUCUCUGCGGUAUAAGAAAGUAUACACCCAUUUAGGCAUGAAGAGUAGGAAGUAUCUUGGUUCUCAG